AUGCCGGACUGCCCAAGCCGGACUGCCCAUGCCGGACUGCCCAAGCCGGACUGCCCAUGCCGGACUGCCCAAGCCGGACUGCCCAUGCCGGACUGCCCAAGCCGGACUGCCCAUGCCGGAUUGCCCAUGCCGGACUGCCCAAGCCGGACUGCCCAUGCCGGACUGCCCAAGCCGGACUGCCCAUGCCGGACUGCCCAAGCCGGACUGCCCAUGCCGGACUGCCCAAGCCGGACUGCCCAUGCCGGACUGCCCAAGCCGGACUGCCCAUGCCGGACUCCCCAUGCCGGACUGCCCAUGCCGGACUGCCCAAGCCGGACUGCCCAAGCCGGACUGCCCAAGCCGGACUGCCCAAGCCGGACUGCCCAUGCCGGACUGCCCAAGCCGGACUGCCCAUGCCGGACUGCCCAAGCCGGACUGCCCAUGCCGGACUGCCCAAGCCGGACUGCCCAUGCCGGACUGCCCAUGCCGGACUGCCCAUGCCGGACUGCCCAAGCCGGACUGCCCAAGCCGGACUGCCCAUGCCGGACUGCCCAAGCCGGACUGCCCAAGCCGGACUGCCCAAGCCGGACUGCCCAAGCCGGACUGCCCAAGCCGGACUGCCCAAGCCGGACUGCCCAUGCCGGACUGCCCAAGCCGGACUGCCCAAGCCGUGACCCAGAGGUUCCCGUGGUCGGGACAACUCCAGUGACAACAGCCAGAGAACAAGCACGGUGGCUCAGGAAGAGUCAAAAGGAAAUUCUUUAA